CAUUAACGUGGUAUGCAUGACUUCAUCACGCGCUAUUUAACUUUCUCUCUCUUCUCUCAACGACCACUUUCUCAUUUUGGGUUAUAUUUUUACUCAUUAGAUAUUACAGAUUCACUCUGACUCUGUUUCCUGUUCUCUGUUUCUUGUUUUCCAUUCCAAUUACGAUUCUGUUUCUUGUUUUUUGUUUUUAUUUUUUUCGUUUUCAAUCCCUAAUUUUCCCACCUUUAUAAAUUUUCCCUGAAUCCCAUUUUCUUUUUCCUCUAUUUUCUUUCCAACAAAAAAGAAAUUCAAAUCCCUAAUCCGAAUCACAAUGGGUUUCAAAAACCUCUUCGGGAAAAACAAGAAGAAAUCCGAUUCUCCAACCGCCAGCGAAAACGACAACAACGAAAAUCGAGCACCGACACCAUUAUCGUUCCCAUCUCCAUCAUCGAUGAUGAUGAUAAAUCAGUCGCAGAUCGCCGAACUCGAGGAGGUUUUCAAGAAAUUUGACGUCAACGGCGACGGGAAGAUCUCUUCCUCCGAGCUUGGAUCGAUCAUGGGGAGUCUAGGUCAACAUGCCACCGACGACGAAUUGAGGAAGAUGAUAAAGGAGGUGGAUUCCGAUGGCGACGGUUUCAUAGAUUUGAACGAGUUCAUCGAACUCAACACCAAAGGCGUGGACUCGAAAGAGGCGCUUGAGAAUCUCAAAGACGCGUUCUCGGUCUACGAUAUUGACGGAAACGGGUCGAUAUCGGCGGAGGAGCUACACAAGGUGCUUAGGAGCCUCGGCGACGAGUGUUCGAUUGCCGAGUGCCGGAAGAUGAUCAGCGGUGUCGAUUGCGACGGCGACGGAACGAUCAGCUUCGAAGAGUUUAAGAUAAUGAUGAUGAUGGGUUCCAGAUACGUUUCCUUGGAUUCACAGAGACCUCAAGAUUGAUUUGAAUUUAAUUUUUUUUAAUCAUAUUAAUUACGAAAAAUUAGCGUUUUACUUUCUCUUUUUUUUUUUUUUUUUUUUUUCGGUCUCUGUUUCUCUCUAUCUGGGUUCUUAAUUCUUUCUUUUUAACGUAGGAUUUUAUUUCUUUCAAUUUUAUCUUUUUUUUUUCUUUUUUGAAAAAAAGAAGAAAUUAUUUUGGUGUUAAAUGUCUUUCGGAGGAAUUGGGUCUCUGUCAUUGGAUAAAUUGUGCAUAUAUUGGAUUGGGUUUAUGAAGAUCUAAUUUCCAUUGGAAUUUAACAA